AACAUUAUUGUUUUCUUUUGUCAGAAACAUUUUAAAGCUAUAUAGCUAUUGUUUAUAACUAAGUUAGCUGGCUAGCUAACGUGAGGUUACUGUGUAACUUUAAAAUAUAGCAGAAGCUAGCAAUAUUUUUGACAAACCGUUUGCUGUGGUUUUCUUAGUUUUGUUUUUUAAAAUCGUUUAGGCACCCAGGUCGGUAUCAAACGAAGGAAACUUGACAGAAAAUAUCCUAUUUCUAACAAUUACAUUGCAAGAAGAUUUAACGUUGGCCACUUUGCUUGCUUGCAACUAAUCUCGCUAGCCAGCUAGCUAUUGUUGUUGGUUGCUAGCUAGCUGUCGUUCUAGAUAGCUGCAGGUAGAAGAUACAAGGACAACAGUUCUCAGUUGGAUUCAAAUAGCUAGCACCUAGCUAACUACCUGGCUAACUAAAUGAUCUCUGUAGAAAUCUGUUAGCCUGUCAGCUAAAAACAGCAACAUUUCGUUUGAACCCGGGUUUCCCUACCACAACAACAAAAAUAAUCAAGCAUAGUUAAAUAAAUAAAUAAAUAAAAACAGCAAGCUAGCUGGCAGACUCGACGUUUUAUCACGACGUACACGAAGAAAAGGACAAAAAAGUGCAUAAUCAACUGUAAAUUCCACUGGAAGACUGACACUGUAGUAAAAGUGUAGCUCAGAGCGGCAGGUUCUUUUUCCAUUUCUGACCCGGAUUGUCAUUUUAUCGGUGUUAUUGUGGAAAAUGGCGGCGGUCGGAAUGGUGCAGAUGUUGAUCGAAGCUGCUGAGUACCUGGAACGCAGAGAAAGAGAAGCAGAGCAUGGCUAUGCCUCCAUGUUACCCUACAGCAACAGCAAAGAAAGGGACAGUCUGAAACGAAAAAAUAAAACUAAGAAAAGUUCCAACAGCAGGUCCACGCACAAUGAAAUGGAGAAGAACAGGCGGGCACACUUGCGGCUGUGUUUAGAGCGCUUGAAAUCACUUGUACCCCUGGGACCAGACUCCAACAGGCAUACCACCCUUAGCCUGCUGAUGAAGGCCAAGGAACACAUCAAGAGGUUGGAGGAGAGUGAGCGGCGGGCCCAGCACACUAUUGAUCAGCUGCAGCGGGAGCAGAGACACCUGCAGCGCCGCCUGGAGCAGCUGGGGGUGGAGCGCACACGCAUGGACAGCAUGGGCUCCACCGUCUCCUCCGAGAAGUCCGACUCAGACCAGGAAGAGCUUGAUGUGGACGUGGAGGGCACGGACUACCUUCUGGGGGACCUGGAGUGGAGCACCAGCAGUGUGAGUGACUCAGACGAGCGCGGCAGCCUGCGGAGCAGCUGCAGCGACGAGGGCUACUCCAGCGCCAGCCUUCGCCGCCUCGCCGACCCUCAGGAUAAGACCACGGUGCUGGGCUGCAGCCUAUAAGAGCACAGCCCACCGCCCCUCCACCCACAACCAGUCUCUGCGAGUCAGACCUGACACCCAGCAUUACUGGUCCAACCAAGCCUGAGCCCUCCAGCUGAGAGACUGACCCCGUCCCCCGUCCCCGCAUACACACACACGCACAUGCAGACACAGACACGCGCACAGCCUGAUCUGUGCCCCAUGCCCGCACACUUCUCCAAGACACACCCAGGAGCCUUUUUGACCUGCUCACGCCCACUUCACUCCUGACAGUCCAAUCAGGUGGACUCACUCGACACUGGCACAGCCCGCUCUAAUUCCUCUGGCCCGGUCAGGCGCAUGGACUCACAAGAACCCCCUUCCCUCUCAGCCGUGUUGCAUCCAGCCAAGACUCAACACGCUGCCUCUCUCUCUCUGCUGGUUCAGUCAGAAACGGACAUCAGCCAUGAGAACGUGGUCAGACCACGCGGUUGCCCUUCUGCGGGCAAAUCACAAGCAGCCAUAACUACUAACUCCAACCCCCAUUCAUGAGGCUGAACCCUCCAGUGAUGGGGGAAUGGACACAAGGCUGUGACUAUCAGAGGAUAUUUUGCACUUAGAGAAUAGGAAGGAUUGUCUUGGUCUGUGCUGUCUUUUAUAUGUCUCAUAAGGAAUUGCAGCUACAGUAUGUUUGAAAACAUCUCCCCUUACUCUCUGCAUCCACGAUGGGCAUCUCCCCAAUGGGGUUUUGGGCACUGAGUGCUGGGUUGGGGUCCUGCUUAAUAACUGAAUAUUGCUGGAACGGGCAGUGCUGCUGAAGCGGCAUGUCCUUCAGCCUGGUUUAUCGGUGGGCUCCCUCAUUUCCUUUAUGGUUCUUUAAAAUGAGGGGUUAUUCUUACCACACGGUCAAGUAAAUGAUCUGUUCUACGGUCAGAUUUCAUACCCAUUACUUUUAGACCACAUCGGCCAUCCUCAACUUUUAUUAUAAAAACAAGAAAAAUAUGUUGUUGUGAAGAGCAAUGUGCAGCAUGAGAUUGUGAUGGGGGAGGGCGGGGUACAGGGGGGUGGGGGUGACGGGGCAGGGCAAUGUCAGGUUGCCCCACAUCUUCCUCUCUCUGACGACAGCGGCGUUUGUGCAUCAUUUAAUGUGCGUCGUUUCUAGGGUCAAGUAAACGGUCACUGUGCCAUUUACGUGUAAGAAGGGAAGACUAACUGACUGACUAACUACAAGAGAAAAGCACAUUCCAUGUAAAAGUACUUAGAGCAGGCCGGCUGAGGACUGUGAGUUUCUUUGAGGAGUGUCCUUUUGUCUCCUCAUCGUUAUUUUCGUGGCUGGGGUGGGGCAGUUCUGCAGGAGUUACCCUCUAGCGCUGGAGGUCGGUGACUUGCCUUGGUUUCUGAAAAGAACAUACGCAGCAGGUGUGUUCGCGUGUCCCCUCAGAUGAGAGCCAGAAUGCUAUGUUGCACGGACACUCCGCCAUCUUGCUUCUGUAUUUAUUAUUUUUGAGAAAUGUAGUCAGUUUUAUGUAAAUAGUUU